GCUUUAUAGCGCACUCCCUAUGUAUAACGCAUAACCUCCAACGCUCCCAAUCCGAUUCAAUUCCAUUCUUUUGCUUCCCCAAAUGAACCAAGUCACUUUAGAGAAUCCUAGCUUUACUUACCAAUACCAUGGAAGUCCAAGCUAUGGCAGUCUCUUGAAUCCUUGCUUAACUGAUCACUGGGGAGACCUGCCGUUAAAAGUUGACGACUCUGAAGACAUGGUCAUCUACAACUAUCUCCGUGACGCCGUCGGUUUCGGAUGGUCUCCGCUAGAUCUAAUCACAACCGUUGAAACCGAGCCAGCAGAUCAUGAUGAUCGAGUACUGGAGGACAAGCGGCCGGCUCUACCGCUUGAUCGGGCAUCAGGAGUACUUGAAAGUAAUUGUGGUUGUGUGGAGAAGAAAAAGACAGGGGGGCAUUACAGGGGAGUGCGACAUCGGCCGUGGGGGAAGUUUGCGGCGGAGAUACGGGAUCCUGCCAAGAACGGCGCUAGAGUAUGGCUUGGAACAUUCGAGACUGCGGAGGAAGCCGCGUUGGCUUACGACCGAGCCGCUCAUAAGAUGCGUGGCUCCAGGGCUUUGUUGAACUUUCCUCAGAGAAUUGGCUCUGAUGAGCCUGAGCCGGUUAGAGUCACGGCUAAGCGUCAUGAGCCGAUGUCAACGACGAGUACAAUUAUAGUAUUGGCUAAGAGGAGGAGAGGCUUGUCUAAUGAUCAUGACUUGAAUUAAAGAGAUGGCUCCACCAACAACGGCGGAUGGAGCAAUUCUGAGUUUGAGCUUCAAAACGACGUAGUUUGUAUUUAUAAUCACCAAAUAAUGAAAAAUCCAUUUUCAUAUGAUCUUAAAUUGAGGAAUGACGACUCUGUUAAUUGUUCAACCCUAUGAAAGCAUUAUUUCGUUAGACCAUGGUAGAAAAAUGGU